UCUUCUUUAUCUUCUUUGUGUGUUUGAACAAUGACAUUGCAACUAAAAUAUAAAGUAACCUUCUAGAUAGCUCGAGUCUGUGAACGCAGUUGCUCUUUACGCCGGCAAAAGAUUCAAACCGUAGAAGCUCGAAGUAAAGAGAGCUUUAGCAUACCAGAAGAGGAAUGGAAAAGGUAGGUGAAUACGAGGAGGAGAAGACCAUUGGAGAAGUAAGCAGCUCAACUGAGGAGAAAAGGAGUGAUAAGGAAGAUGAAAGGAUCAGGGAUACACCAGUAGAAGGCUCUAAGGAUCCAUCUGACUCACAGACUGUUAACUUUGAAGAUCAUGAUGUCGGUGAAUAUGAAAUGGAAGACGAGGAAGUUCUAGAGCUUUUUAGACGUAAUAGCGGCCUGAGACCAAAGGUAGCGGAGAACAACAGCUUCCCAUAUCUGAACAAGUCUGAAGAGAUGGUUCUACAGUUCCAAGAAGACACUCCUGCAGAAACAGAGCAAGCAAAUGUAGAGUUCCAUAGUACGAAUGAUAGCAGCGAGAUUGCCGAUCUAGGCGCAGAGGAUUUAAAUUCUUCUGUAAUACUUGAAGGAGUCAGGUCAUCAUCAGAUUCAAAAGAUGAUAUUGAUGACUCAUCCAGUGACUCUGACCUUUCCAGUUAUUACUUUGACGGGUCUUUACUACCCCUUUCAGCUCAUGUGGAAGAACCUGCAACCCAUCAAGAUGAAAACCAGAUGCCUUUACUGCGCCUUAACCAACGCGUGCAGCAACUAACUUCGUGGAGGAACUGCUGCGGACUCCUUGAGCUUCUCCGGGCUGCUGAUUCAUAG